AUGAGGGCAGUUGAGCUUGCGUGCCGUCGCGGGCCGGCGUUCAGCCGCUUCGCGACGAGCCGCCUCACCCAGAGACGGUCUUUUGCGACACCCACUUUCGAUUCAUCGAAUCCGAGAACACCCCCCUACCUGAAGCUCCUCAAGAACUACGAAAAGGUCAAGGAGGUCCUCGGCAAGGCCACGCCUCUGACUCUCGCCGAGAAGAUUGUCUACAGUCAUUUGGACAAUGUUGAAGAGUCACUCUUGACCAACACAGACGGUGGCCGCAAUGUCCGUGGCAACGCCAACCUCAAGCUCAAGCCCGACCGGGUAAACAUGCAGGAUGCUUCCGCCCAAAUGGCUAUUCUGCAAUUCAUGACCUGUGGCCUCCCUCGUACUGCGAUACCGGCCAGCAUCCACUGCGACCACUUGAUCGUCGGUGAGCGCGGCGCCAAAGAGGACCUCGAAGCCGGUAUUCAGACCAACAAGGAGGUUUUUGACUUCUUGGAGUCGGCUGCUAAGAAAUAUGGUAUUGAUUUCUGGCCACCUGGUGCUGGUAUCAUUCACCAGAGUGUUUUGGAGAACUAUGCUGCCCCGGGACAAAUGAUGCUGGGUACCGACAGUCACUCGCCCAAUGCCGGUGGUCUGUGUACCGUCACUAUCGGUGUCGGAGGUGCUGAUGCAGUUGAGGCGCUGGUCGGAGCACCUUGGGAGCUCAAGGCACCCCGCGUGCUUGGUGUCGAGCUCAAGGGCAAGCUGAACGGCUGGGCCUCGCCAAAGGACAUCAUCCUGAACCUUGCAGGCCAACUCACUGUCCGAGGAGGCACGGGUUUCAUUAUUGAGUAUUUUGGAUCUGGUGUAGAGACCCUGAGCUGCACGGGUAUGGCCACGGUUACCAACAUGGGAGCCGAGGUUGGCGCUACGACUUCCAUCUUCCCCUUCAACAGCGCUCACGUCCGCUACCUGGAGGCAACUAACCGCCACGACAUUGCUGCCGAGGCAAAGAAGUACUCUGAUAUUGUUGGCCUGCGAGCCGAUGAGGGAGCAAGAUACGACGAGGUUAUCACGAUCGAUCUUUCCACACUUGAGCCUCACAUCAACGGACCAUUCACACCUGACCUGUCAACGCCCUUGUCCAAGUUCAAGCAGACCGUUCAGGAGCAAGAGUGGCCCGAGACCCUGUCAGCCGGUCUCAUUGGCAGCUGCACAAACAGCUCCUACGAGGACAUGACCCGUUGUGAGGGUAUGGUGAAGGAGGCCAUGGAGGCCGGUCUUAAGCCCGUUUCUAGCUUCUACAUCACGCCGGGCAGUGACCAGAUCCGGGAGACUCUGGCCCGUGACGGCCCCCUGGAGACAUUCCGAGAGGCUGGCGGCACUCUGCUGUCAAACGCCUGCGGUCCCUGCAUUGGCCAGUGGAAGCGCCAGGACGACUUGGAGAAGGGUACUAAGAACGCCAUUCUCACUUCGUACAACCGUAACUUCAAGGGCCGCAAUGACGGUAACCCCGGUACCAUGAACUUUUUGGCUUCCCCCGAAAUCGUGACCGCCAUGGCUUUUGCCGGCAGCACCACUUUCAACCCCAUGACAGAUUCGAUUCCUACUGCUUCUGGCAAGGAGUUCCGCUUCACGCCUCCAAUGGGCUCUGAGAUCCCGGCGCAGCCCUUUGCCCCUGCCCGCCCAGAGUUCCGACCUCUGUCGCAGGAGCCCGAUGCUUCUGUUGCCGUCGCUGUCUCGCCCACCUCUGAGCGACUUGCUCUGCUAGACCCAUUCGAGCCCUUCCCGGAGUCAGACCUCUCAGGCCUCCGAGUGCUCGUCAAGGUUACCGGCAAGUGUACUACCGACACCAUUUCAGCUGCUGGACCAUGGCUCAAGUACAAGGGACACUUGCCCAAUAUCAGCACCAACACGUUGAACACAGCGACCAACGCCGAGACUGGUGAGGUCAAUGCUGCGUACGAUAUGGAUGGCUCUAAGCACACAAUUCCUGAGCUCGGUCAGCGAUGGAAGGAAGCCAAUCAGCCAUGGCUUGUUGUGGCUGAACACAACUAUGGUGAAGGUAGUGCCCGUGAGCAUGCUGCUUUGCAGCCCCGCUACCUUGGCGCGCGCAUUGUCCUCACCAAGAGCUUUGCACGUAUCCACGAGACAAACUUGAAGAAGCAGGGUGUUGUGCCGCUCACGUUUGCAAAUGAGGCCGACUACGACAAGAUCUCGGCUUGCGAUGAGGUUGCAACCGAAGGACUCUACGAAAUGCUAAAGAAUGGUGGUCAGGGAGAGGUGACAUUGGUGGUCAAGAAGAGGAAGACUGGUGAGGAGGUGCGGGUCAAGACCAAGCACGCUGUCAGCAAAGAUCAAGCCCAAUUUAUCCUCGCAGGCAGCGCAUUGAACAUGCUCAGCAAGAGGUCAUGA